AUGUCCUCCUGCUCUGAAUUAGAAUUCUCAUCACCAUCAACAACCAGUUUCAUCUACACUCUACAACUACACUACAACUCAACAUUUACAUACAACAACUCAACUCUUUCAACUCAACUCAACUCAACUUCCAUCUUCACCCAAAAUUCAUACUUAACUCAACUCAACUCUACAACAUUUACAAUGGCUGCUUUCACUCUCACAUUUGCUCCCACCACUCGAUCCUUCGGCCGAUCUGGCUACAACAAGGACGGUGACGACUCUGACUCCAAGCCCACAAACAACCGUGGUCGAUCUGGCUACAACGAGCCUGAGGAAGGAGACUCUGGUCGCUCUGGCUAUAACGGCCCUGAAGACGAUGAUUCCUCCAAGGGCAACAAGGGUCGCUCUGGCUACAAUGGUCCCAGCGACAAUGACGAGGAGUAA